AUGUGGUGGCUUGUCGUACAGGAACUCGCGGAUCACGAGGACUUCAACUCGCUUUUUCACUGUGCCCAGGCCAGCCGCGGCCUGGCAAACCUAGCAUUGCCGCUGCUAUAUAGUUUUCACGAAUCGUCGCCUGCAAGCAAUGCUCACAUCUUCUUUACCGAAACCUUGGUAUGUCUGUGGCGCUCCAUCAUCUCGUCCAGCAUGGGCGCCACGCUCUACCCAUACUGUCGGUGGAUCAAGACACUGCAGCUUACCGCCCUCCACUCGUUCCUGGAUGAUCUUGCGCGGGAGAAUGGCAAGCAGCGAGCCCAGUUCUUCAGUCCGCCUCUGCACACGCUGCAGAUUCGGAAAGACCGUGGCCUCAACUUGGACGCCAUUGUCACCACCAUGGCCGACACGGUCAUCAAGUCCAUCAAGGCCGCCGCCGACGAGGAGGACAAAGUCGUGGGCCUGACCACCCUAGACGCACACCGGCUCCCGAAUGCCAACCUGCCAAGCUGGGUCGCCGACUUGUCGCGGCUGGCUACGUUGAUGGUCGGCGAUGGCGAGGUUCUCAAUGCCAGCGUGGCCGAAGCCAUCCGGGUAAACUGCCCUUCCUUCAACGAGCUGCUCUGCUACUCCUGCAGAAACGGAGAUGUUCAGCUGGCCGCCUUCUUUCGCGCUCUCGCGCCUAACACCCUAGAGUCAUUCACCAUCAGGAGCACAAACGAUAUUGGGGCCGAGACUUUCAAGGCUCUGAGUCACCAUGCCCUCUCACUAAACCGACUCAGGUUGUUCAGUCUUGAGCAACCAGCCUUGGAGUCAUUGCAUAACCUGAGCGAUUGUCUUGGACUCAAGUCGUUGACGCUGGAGGCGAGUUUCCAGGCCACGCGUUUCGCAUGGGAAAACACGUCCAAGAAAUCGUUGGAGGAUGUGACUCUGUGGUUGCGGCAGUGCACCUCUCUCAAGGACCUUGAGUUCCGGCUGGUGCCGAAUUCCGCUACUAUCCUUGCCGAUGUCCUGAAAACCCCCGAAAUUCGGCUCACCUCCCUAUACAUCAAUCUAGUUGAUGUCAAUGACGCCUUCUACAUAUCCCUCGCUUGCCAGCACGAUCUCAGACAUCUGAAGGUCUUGAUUAACGACGAGGACCUUUUGGAAGUUGCCGAGACGAGGCACGCGCUCUUUGCCGACUCAAUCUGCAGCUGCACCAAGCUGCGCGAGCUCAACACCAACGAGCUCUUCACGCUCGAAGACGUCACCAAGAUCGCCGCGGCAGUGCCGAACCUGGAAGAUCUCAGACUGGACGGCGACCUUUUUGUUGACGACUUUCUCGAACCGCUCUCGUCACUAUCGCAUCUGAAGCUACUCUUCGUGCUCUCGGAGAAAGAGGAGAUGUGGCUCACAAGGAAUAUAGAGGAGUUUUUUGGAGGGCGCCUCGAUAUCAUUUAUCCGGACGACCCCGAUGAACUCCACGAAUCAGACUUUUCUGACUAG